AUUGAACCGUUUCUUUGCUGUGCUGCUGCGGCUGGUGGCGUGGUCCCCCGAACGAGAAUGGCCAGGCCUGCAGCCGACGACGAUUCCUUUGUGACACUCACGAACUGUUUUCCCGGCGUUAUACUCAGUUAUGUCACCAUCACGUACACCUGUGAGGUUAACAAUGCCCAACCGCUGAUUGAUUUGGAGCUCUUCGCCUCGUACUUCAACCCAGCAGGUCUCAAUCCUGGAUGGCCGGCGACUCUGGACGAGGAAACCAAUGCCAUUACGUUCGUGCCUAUUACUGGGGCGACUUCAGGACGUUGGGAUUUGGUCAUUACUGGGCGUCCUGACAUUUCAAGCACUGCCACUCCUCGGACGAGCAAUAAGAGCAUGGACUUCAUGCUGAUUGGAGAGACCAAUGCGAAUUUCGCUUCACUCUAUCCGUAUUACGGUAUGGGUGUAUCGUUUGCGCCCAAUCUCCCGAGUGGCAUCACGGCUUCCGACUACAUGCUGGUCCGCUCUUUCGAUGUAUGCCAGUACACCACUACAAACUGCACUGAGUCUGUUGGGUGCUACAGAAUGCUGCCACCCGCAAAGCUUCCCCCUCCAGGCAAAUACUGGCUCUGUGUGACGUCAAAUGACUGGAAAGACCAAUACCUUCCGUGGGAUUUGAAUUCUCUUGAGGUGAAGGUGCUGUUGGCCACGCCGCUGUACUUGACAGCUGGUAA